AUGUUCAAGAAGGCCAUCCUCGCUUUGACCGCUGCUGCCGUCGCCGUUUCCGUUACUGCCAAUCCUCUUCCCAGCACCCAAGGAACUUGCAACACUGGUCACAUCCAAUGCUGCGAGAAGCUUUACCCUACUGAAUCUCGUGAAGCCGGCCUCCUGGGCUCCUUGCUUGGUAUCAACCUCGGCAACCUCCUUGGUGAUAUCGGGUCUGGAUGCAGCCCUAUCAGCGUCAUUGGAAUUGGCGGAGGCAACAAGUGCACUGCUGCGCCUGUUUGCUGCACCGAUAAUAAAUUCAACGGUCUUAUCAACCUUGGAUGCACUCCUAUUAACAUUGGCUUGUGA